AUAGAAUCAAUUAAAUUAAACCAGUUUGUAUAGCAAACGUAAACGAACCUUUUCGCCUUAAAAAGUCUGUCAGUCAUACUUUUUGGGUUCAAGCUUGAAUGUGCCGCUCUUCAUAUCGAGUCCGAUAUUCGAUACCCAUAUUACUGUCUAGAGUGAAAUAAUGAAACAAUCCAUGCCGGUAUGCGUUCAACUUGAAUACAAUUGUAGUUUGUCAAUUGAAAAGUGUUACCUUUAAACUGUUUAUUUUUAUAUUUCAAAUAGAUUUAAAUUGAUUUAUCAAUUUAUGAAAUAUGACUGACAAAUUGACUAAAAUCCGUGAUUUUAUGUCAUCUUACAAUGAUGGACCAUUGGACGCAUUUGUGAUCUAUUGUGAUGAUUGGAUAACUCCUAAAAAUAUUGCCGAUAGAGAUAGGUACAUACAAUUUUUGACUGGUUUCUCUGGUUCACAUGGACUUGCCAUUGUAACUAUGGAAAAUGCUUUCUUCAUUUGUGAUCCUGACUUUUACGAUCAAGUAAUGAGUCAACUCUAUCCUGACUGGACUUUUAUUGUAUCCGACGUAAGUCCUAUCUUACUCAAGUCGUAUUAUCGUUCCUUUACCAUGUUGCCAAAAGGAGUUAGGGUUGGAUUUGAUCCUAAGAUAACUUCUCAUACAAUUUGGGAAUUUCUCAUCGAUUUUUUACAACCUAAAGAUAAUAAAUUGAUCCCUGUUUCACCUAAUCCUGUUGAUCUCAUUUGGACUAAUAGACCAUUACCACCAAUGAAUCCAAUAACACCUGAUCCUUGCGAGUCUGUUGAAAGCUUUAAAAUAACGAUAAAAAAAUUUCGAGACAAAAUGAGGAAAGAAAAGGCUGAUUACAUGGUAAUACCUUACUCAGAAGAAGUUUGUUUUCUGUUAAAAAUUCAAUCUCAAGUCAAUGGACAAGACGUUGCCUUCCAAGGUUGUGCCAUUAUCUCAAUGAAGACCAUAUAUCUAUUUAUGGAUUCAUCCUUGAUAACUCGUGAGCUUCGUGAAUACUUAAAUACUUGUGUCUAUCCUGAUGGCAUUAUCGAACUGUGGGAUUACAACUCAUUAACAGAAUUUCUACAUAAACUCGUAUUGGAAAGUGAUACAACUAAAAUUUGGAUGGAUACUCUUGCAAGCAAAAGCCUUCAUGAUUUGAUACCAACGAACCGAAAAUUAUUAAAUGCCAAUGGCAAAUUCAAAUGGAUUCCAGCGUCUCUUUUCAUUACAGGACCAAGUCAUCGUCCAGAUAAACGUACUUUUUCCGGGUACCCACUCGAAUCGUCUUUUGAUCGCUUAAUGUCAUUCGGAUCUCGUCAAAAUAAAAUAAAAGUUAUAAGAAUGGAUUUCGUUAUUGAGGAAGCGAUGAGAAAGAAAGGAGAAAGCAUCCUCCAGAUGAUUCAAUUUGAUAAUAUACUCUGAAGGCCAAGAGGAAAAAAAUACUCAAUUCAUUAUUCAAUGCACAUUAAGAUUUGGUAUCCUGAUAACCAUGUAUAUUUCUUGAUCAGUGAUUCGCCAUUUUCACAAAAGCUCACAAAA